AUGCCUCAAAACGAUUAUAUCGAGCGUCACAUCAAACAGCAUGGUAAGAGAUUAGAUCACGAAGAAAGGAAACGUAAGAGAGAGGCAAGAGAAUCCCAUAAGAUCUCUGAAAGAGCCCAGAAACUAACUGGUUGGAAGGGUAAACAAUUCGCCAAGAAGAGAUAUGCUGAAAAGGUAUCAAUGAGAAAGAAGAUCAAGGCACAUGAACAAUCUAAGGUCAAGGGUUCAUCCAAACCAUUAGAUACCGAUGGUGAUGCUUUGCCAACAUAUCUGUUGGACAGAGAACAAAACAAUACAGCCAAAGCCAUUUCUUCAUCCAUUAAACAAAAGAGGUUGGAAAAAGCUGAUAAAUUUUCAGUUCCGUUACCAAAAGUUCGUGGUAUAAGUGAAGAAGAAAUGUUCAAAGUUAUUAAAACAGGUAAAUCUAGAUCCAAAUCCUGGAAGAGAAUGAUAACGAAACACACCUUUGUCGGUGAAGGUUUCACUAGAAGACCAGUUAAGAUGGAAAGAAUCAUCAGACCAAGUGCUUUGAGACAAAAAAAGGCAAACGUCACUCAUCCAGAGUUAGGUGUAACUGUCUUCUUACCAAUUUUAGCUGUUAAGAAAAAUCCGCAAUCUCCAAUGUACACUCAGCUGGGUGUUUUGACCAAGGGUACCAUUAUUGAAGUUAACGUGUCUGAAUUGGGGAUGGUUACCGCUGGUGGUAAAGUUGUCUGGGGUAAGUAUGCUCAGGUCACAAAUGAACCAGAUAGAGACGGCUGUGUCAAUGCGGUUUUGCUUGUAUGA